AUUGUUGAAUACUAUCGGCGAUUGUGAAUCAAAACUUUUAUUGACGUUUAAAUGGUUGGCGAUAGAUUGUAAGACCUAAUGUUUGUUUCAUUCAAAGAGUCUGAUUGUAGUUUUCAGACAUUGUUUUUUUGUAUAUACUGUUUAAUAUGAACGUAUUGUAAGAACCACACACAGAGUGCACUUAUUGUACUGUGGUUCAGAGAAAUGUUCACUUUGUGUAACAGGGGAUGUAAACUUGAUCCACCAUCGAGAUAAUCAUGUCAUAUAAAAACAAUCAAGAAAUGAUGAUCUCAAUAUAGAAGAAAAGAGAUCAGGCUCCACUCUACAAGACGAAACUGGUUAAAUUUUGGAGAAUGUCUGCAACUCCAGCACUUUCCUCAAAUGGACUUACACUGACCAGUGGAUUAACGCCCCUGAACCAACCUGGCCAGAUAAUGUCUAUCUAUAGCCAGCAGGGUGCUAACAACAAAUCACCAACAGCAGCACUUACAGCACCCAACAGUGCUUUUCAAUUCCAGGCUCAGCACUGCAGCAGUAACAAUGGAUCCUUUUUUGAGGCGGACAAUCAACAAGCUAGCUCCACAAGGCAACAGUCACAAUCUAGCAAUGAACAGUCAACAUUAGCUAGACAGACCAUCCCACUUCACCCUUCGCAAAGCAGAUCAGAUUCCAGAUGUCUACCAGCCCCCCUCAGUAUGUCACCAUAUGCCAGAAAUGCUUUACAGCGUCAAAUGGCAACCAUUAACCUUAAUCCAAACUGCAUGUAUGGCAAGGUGAAAGUUCCAAUGUCUCAGCUAUCAAGCAUUGAGAGUACCCUGAGUGAUCCCAUGUCUCAAGAGACAUUCAGUCACCUCUGGACUGUUUUGGAAGGAUUUGGUUCUCAGGAUUUUACUCAGAUAACUGAUAAACAAUUUGAGUUUGAUGAUGGUGAUGAAAGGACAACUCUUGAGGUGGAGAAGUAUCGAAUUUCUCGCCAAGAUUAUGAUAAUUUGAACCCAAUUCUUAAUGCUACGAGCUCUUCAGGCAUGAGUCCUGACUCACAGACCAAUAUAAUAGGCAGCACAGCAUCCAGCCCAUAUGAUGAUGGUCUGGCAUCACCCUACUCACCUCACAACUCUAUCACAUCACCAAUACCCACAGUUCCUUCCAAUACUGAAUAUCCUGGUGACUACGGUUUUGAAAUAAGUUUUUCUCAACCAUCCAAAGAGACCAAGUCUACAACAUGGACAUAUUCUGAAAGUUUGAAAAAACUCUACGUUAGAAUGGCCACCACUUGCCCCGUCCGUUUCAAGACCAAGAACCAAGCUCCCUUCAACAGCAUCAUUCGAGCCAUGCCCAUAUUCAUGAAGCCAGAGCAUGUCCAGGAAGUGGUGAAGAGGUGCCCCAACCAUGCCGUCUCCAAGGAGAACAAUGAAAAGCACCCUGCCCCCUCCCAUCUGGUCAGGUGCGAGCACAAGUCAGCCAAAUACAUGGAUGACCCAAACACCAGCAGGCAGAGUGUGGUCAUACCUCAUGAGACGCCACAGGCUGGAGCUGAGUGGGUCACCAACUUGUUCCAGUUUAUGUGCCUAGGCUCGUGCGUAGGGGGCCCCAACAGACGGCCCUUGCAGAUUGUGUUCACGUUGGAGAAAGAUAACCAGGUACUGGGCCGUCGAGCUGUAGAGGUCAGGAUAUGUGCUUGCCCUGGGCGUGAUAGGAAAGCAGAUGAGAAAGCAGCUCUUCCACAGAGUAACAGUAAGCCAGUCAAAGGGUUAGGUGCUAAGUUAACAUUAAGCACAGAAAUCAUGAGCAUUGCCAAGAAAAGAAAACAUGGGGAUGAUUCAGAAGUCUUCAACCUAACAGUCAGGGGCAGAGAAAACUAUGAGAUCUUGUGCAAAAUGAGAGACUCCCUGGAGUUGUCUUCCCUUGUUCCUGCCCAAACAGUUGAAGCCUACAACAGACAGAAACAGCUGGAAAAUCAAAGACAACUAAAUGGAGUUUCUGAUUAUGGCUCUGAUAAUUCUGAGGCCUCAACGUCAUCGACAAUGAGCAUUGAACCCCAUCAUCCUAGUCUGGGGUCCUAUGAGGUGUCUGAUGACCUCAAUGACCUUUUUGACACUGUCACCAGCUCCCACAGUCCACAACAUGAUUCAGAUCUGGCUGUUAAGAAAGAAGAUAUAGAUGUGGCCCUGGGAGAUCUUAGGGACAACUCAGUGGCUGGCUGGUUGGAUAGGUUGGGCUUGUCCAACUAUAUUGAUAGAUUCCACCAGAAUGGCUAUGACAACUUGUUCCAGCUGGAUGAAUGCAAAAAAGAGACUUUGGAACAUCUGGGUAUACCUGAAGUGGACAGAAAUAAAAUCUGGAAGUCCUUGGUAGAAUUUCAUCAGUAUAAUCAGAUCCAAGACAUGACUCAAGCUUUUGUUGGAAGAUCAAACAGUCGAUCAUCCACAGAGUCUACUACUACUUUGGUUUUCCCCACACAGAGUUCCGCCACAUCCUCCCAGUCUCAGUUGAGCCAACACAGUGUGUACGCCCCAGGAUACUACGAAGUGACACGCUAUACAUUUAAGCACACCAUCUCUAGGAGCAGGAACAAAUUUCCCAGGAAUGAUGAAUGAGCGAUUCCACAUUAAACAAGAACUCACAACCUGUUAUAGAUUUUAUUUUUUUUUUGUACUUAAUAAUGCUGUGUUCAAAUUGAUUGGUAUUAUACCACAUAUUGGCUAUGUUAAGUUGAAUGUUUGUUCUCAUUAGUUUAUUCUCAUUAGUUUAUUCUCAAAGUUAUCCAUAGAAUACAAAAUAAGGCUAAGUCUUUGACAACCCAAUGAAUCCAAUAACCUUUUUUUUUAAAUUUCUAAGUAGGUGAAAAUACUAAAAAGAUACAUAAACUUUAAUUUCUACAUUUUGAUAUUAAAGUUUACUUCUAGAUCAAGAUAAAUACAGUUUCAAUUAGAUAAAUACAGUUCCUAUAUGAUAAUUACAGUUCCUAUAAGAUAAUGCAGUCCCUAUAAGAUAAAUACAGUUCAUACAAGGUAAAUACAGUUUCUAAAAGAUAAAUACAGAUCCUAUAAGAUACUACAUUUCUUAUAAGAUAAUACAGUUCCUAUAAGAUAAAUACAGUUCCUAUAAGAUAAUACAGUUCCUACAAGGUAAAUAAAGUUCCUAUCAGAUAAUUUGGUGCAAAGACGCAUUAAACUUCACUAGACCAGUGUUUCAGUGUUGAGAGAAUGUGUUUGCAUUUAGCAUGAGGAGAUUGUUAGAUUGCUGGGCUCUAUAGAUCUUUGACCUCUAGAAUUUGAAUCUCUUCUUUGUAUCUCAAACUCAUUAGCACUGUUGUUUUUAUUUUGAAGAAGAUUUGUAUUGAUUUGUACAUACAAGAUAAAACAUACAUUGACUAUUGUAACAUCUUGUUAUGUACAUUGACUAUUGUAACAUCUUGAUAUGUACAACUUGAUGCAGCAUGCACAUUGGACUCGAAACAUCAUCAGCCGUUUUUAUGUAACAAGAAUGGACUAAAUUUUUUUUUUUUUUUUAAUAACUGCCAGAAAUUUUAUGUUAAAAUGUGAAUUUUUUUGGUUAUAUUUCUCUAGAUGUGGUGUAUUAGAUUUUGUAUUUAUUAUUUUGUUGAUUCAAAAGUUUGUUAUAUAUAUAUAUCAAAAUGUCUUAUGUGAUGAAAAGUAAAUGCUUUAUUUUGAUGGUGUAGUUUUGUAUAUGAACUUAACUGUGGCGCCGGCAGGCUAUUCUUUCAUCUGUGUUGUAAUGAGAGAUUAUAUCUGCAGUUUAGUCUGGUGCUCAAAAACUUUUCAGAUUCUCAAGUCUCUAAUCUACAAUAUCAGUUGGAAGCACAAGCACAAUUUUUUUUUUUUUGUCUUUGGUCGGAAGGGCACACAAAGAUUGUACAUUAUUGUUAUAAUUAUCCGUUUUGUAGAAACAAGCCUAAAUAUUUUGUGAUGGUAUGUUGUGAUUGCUUUGUAUAACAUUUAACUUACUGCAUAGUUUUUUUGAUCUUGUUUCUGAUAUCGACUCUUGCAUGCAUUUAACACAGUUGAGUGACCUGUAACCACUAGACUUUGAAUGUCAUGAUACAGUUUUGAUUUGAUAUAUAAAAGUGUUGUUAAUCUCUUCUGGGAUUUAGAGACCCUGAUAUAAUCAAUAACUUGGGUGAUGGCUAUAAUAGAUUUUGACUAUUUGACAUUUCUAUUACCUUUUAUAUGACUGUCUCCCCCCUCUCCAGAAAUGUAUUGUGUGCCAGCUUGUGAUGUUGAGUCUCUGCAUUGUGUGCCAGCUGGUGAUGUUCAGUCUCUGCAUUGUGUGCCAGCUGGUGAUGUUCAGUCUCUGCAUUGUGUGCCAGCUGGUGAUGUUCAGUCUCUGCAUUGUGUGCCAGCUUGUGAUGUUGAGUCUCUGCAUUGUGUGCCAGCUGGUGAUGUUCAGUCUCUGCAUUGUGUGCCAGCUGGUGAUGUUCAGUCUCUGCAUUGUGUGCCAGCUGGUGAAUUUCAGUCUCUGCUGAUGUUCUGACACCAAGUGUUCACUAGAUAUUUUGUUCCAGUGUUUCUGUUAACACCCAGACUUCAGUAUCCAUUUCUUACAACGACUAUUAGAACAGAACAAAUAUUUAUUUCCAUGUAACAGUAGACGGGGUUAGGUUGACUCUCUGGCUUGGUUCACGUUGAAAUAUUGAGGACAUCGCUGAGAUGUUUCAUUCAAGUGUUCUUUAAACCUGUUCAUCUUUGUAAGUGUUCUAUUUUAAAUUGCACACUUUGUGCAAGAUAUUACUAACAUAAAGUAUCAUCAAAGAAUCACAUGUUUUAUUUUUGUAUUCUGUGUAGCUUACAUGUACAGUACUUGAAAGCAAAGAAAAUCUAUUUUUACUUCCCAGCCAUGCAAAUUACAAACAUCUAUGCAAAACUUGCCUUAAGUCCCAGUAGCAAGCAGGGGUGAGAGCUGUUGUCAAAAUGUCGUGAUCAUUGUCAAGCUGUUUUUUUUUUUUGAAACACAAUAUUUAAACAUUUUACAAUUUGUUCAAAGUGUUAACGAAUCAUUUUUUUUUAAAGUGAAGUGUUUAUCUGCCAACAUAGUGUUGAUGUAGUCUGGAAUGAGUUUGUUCAAACCGAUUAUGCUCUAGAAUUUUGUCCGUCUUAGUAAAAGACCAGUUAGUCUGUGUUCAUUAAGAUUUGAGUUUAUAUCUUCUUGGUUCAAGCAACACGACUGCAACUCCUGCCAUUUGAUUGUUUUGUGUAGUAUUCACUUAAUAUGUCACACUAACACAAAUGUUUGUAUUCAUAUGUGUUGUCAAUUGUUCAUCCAAUAUCUCUGCAUUAUGUCGUUAUGAUGGUUCCCAUGUUAUACAGGAUUUCAUUAUCCAAUGUUUGUGUGGACUCAAUGACUGGGACCCACCUCCUGCCAAAUCUCCCACUGGCCAAGUUCAGACAAACCACACACACACAAUUAUUUUUUUGGACUACAGCACUUGCCUGUAUAUUAUAUUUGAAUUAACUUUAUAUUUGUUCAUAUCUUUAUGAUUGUUUUGUUUGAUUUAAUGCCAGAAACGUUUCCAAUGAUAAGUUCCUUCAAGUUGUUUGUCAUCCUAAAAAUGCACAACAUGUUUUAUCUUUCAUGACAUUUGAAAUAGUUAGAUUAUUUUCUUUAAAUUGAUCAAGAUUAGUUUGUUAUUUUAAAAAGGUUUUAAAAGUUUAGGAAAUUUAAUACAAUAAUGAGUGUAGAAAUUAAUGAGUAUCUCUAAUUAUUUAAUUGUAGAGCAGCCGUUCCCUAUGUUAUAAGAGUCCAUGAGCUCUAUGUUCCCUAUGUUCUAGUUUCUAUGAGCUCUGUGUUCCCUAUGUUCUAGAUUCCAUGAGCUCUGUGUUCCCUAUGUUCUAGAUUCCAUGAGCUCUGUGUUUCUCCCUUGCUUCUCAUUUUAUUUUUCCGUAUUGCAAUUUUGUUUGGACUUAAAUGUCAGUGUCUUGUUGAUGUUUCUCUAACAAAUUUGAUCUAGUUUAUGGAUCAGUUGGGCAUAACUUCAGCAACUUCAUUAUUUACAACCAACAAAAAAUGUUUGGGUGUAUUUGAAAGAAAUUGUACUUUAUAGUUUCAUUCCAUAGAAUUUUUAAAACGUUGAAUCCUUACAAAAUGUCAUUAGAGUUAUAUACAGUUUGAUGAUGGCCCAUAGAUCAGUACACAUUUUUUUUUUCUUCUUUUUGUUAGCUGUAAGCAAAUUAAUAUAAAAUGAAUUGUUUUCAUUAUUGGUAAUGAUUAAAUUAUAGAAUGGCAAAUGCCUUAACUUGAAUCCGUUUAUUUUUAAUGUAAAUCUUUGCAUAUAUUCAGUUGGGAACUUUUCACUUCUAAAAAUUGUCGAUAGCUCUAGCAUUUACGAUUCUAUUGUACAUAGCAAUUUUAUAAUGUAACCUGAUUUUCAACAAAUAGUAAUUAAAAUGGUUUCCAUAAAAUAUUUAAAAAGCCAUUAUCAGUAUUUUUCUGUGGGUCAUUGUCACAAGUUUAUUUGUUCUGAACUAUCUCCUGUUGUUGUCUCUAGUUUCUCCGUCCAUGCCCACUAACAAAGUGUUCACACUAAGUUGUAUGUGUUCAGGUUGAGCUCAAUUCCAUACUAGCAUCAUUAGGUGUUUUAUUUUUUUCAUUUGGACCACAGCCAGAUGAUUUCAUUGGUUAAUACUGGAAUCAACUUUUGUGGUCAGUUGAUUUCAUUGGUUGAUAAUCAUUUUGAGAGCUAAUUUCAUUGGAGAAAAUGAUUCAAGAAAAGAUAAAUACAUUUUUUUUUUCAUUUUUACUGUCAUUAUUUAAAAAUCAAUAUUUUGUUAUUUUGUAUCUGUUAAACUUUUAUCUCUGGUGCUAAUGCAUCAUUCAUUUCUUGAAGUUUGGUAACUUGUAUACUAAGCAACAUACUGCUGUCAAUUUUACUUUGCCACAUGGUUCAUCUGACUCUGUCGCUCUUGACACUGCCAGACCACAUUCCUGCCACAUUGGCCUUCAGAGAAACCAUUUCUGAAGCAUUGAUUGAUCAAAUUGGCUUAAGAAAGUAGCCACAUUGUUUUUUUAAUUUUGUAUUUUAUUUUGAUAACCAAAGUUUCUUUGAAAUGUUUUUGUCACUAAAACCUGCCUAUUGGAUUUGGUUGUUGUAAAUAUUGAUUUGAAUUUCAAGACAAAACUCAAUGAUUACAAUAUUUGUAUCUUUUGGAAAACUGUUCAACUAAUUGAAAUAGAAUUAAAAAUAUUUACAGAAA